AAACAUUCGCAAUUCGUCUAUUUUCUGACAAGAUGAUACACUAACAUUUAUAUUGAACAUAAAAAACCAUUGACAACCAUAGAGUCAUAUGAUUCCCAAAUCAAUGAAAAUUAAUACUUAAUAAACUUUAAUGAUAUAAACUCUAGACGGCAUAAAAAAAUAAAAAUAUAACAGUCAAAAUGUUGGCAAGGUAAGUAACUGUGAGGCUAGUCGUGUUAAAACCAAACGUUAAUUCGUUGAAAUGUUAAAAGGAUUUAUCUUUCAGAAGAUUUUAUAUUUUAUUUUUCACCAUUCUCUAUUUUUUAGCUGCAAAACACAUAAAACAUACUUUUAAAAUAAAUACCAUUAUUUUCUUUCCACCUUCGAAGUUAAAGUUAACAAAAAAACAAUAAAGCAGGUUGCAUGUAAAUUAAAACACGUUUUAGCGACUUAAUACAGAACAAAUUUAACUGUUAAAACUCCUGUAUAAACCCUUUAAGCCCUUAAUAUUUAUUUGUCGUGCAUGUAAACCCAGCUUUAUAAACCCUUUAAGUGCUUAAUACAUUUUUGUCGUGCAUGUAAACCCAGCUUUAUAAACUAUUUAAGACAUUUUAAUUGAGACUAAGAAUUGCAAACGUAUUAUUCAUACGAUGUUAAUAUAAAUUUUAUGUAUAUUCAAAAAAACAUUGUAUGAUUACCUUUAAUCUGCUUUUGAAAAAAACUUUCAAUUCACAUUAGUUAGAAAUAAUUAUUAUAUACAGGCAGACUUCCACUUUCAAGUUUCUUGGCAGGAACGGAAACGGGGAAAAAAUCACGUGAUUUUUUCGCUUUUUCGAAAAAGUUCAAUCAAAUUCGACUUUUUCCCGAGAGCUUCCAGGAUGGGAAAUAGAUUUCCAAUCAGGUCCUGUCAAUUUUGCUAACUCAGCAAAACAAUAAAUUCAAGAUGGCGUCGCAGUACGAGUACGAAGCCGAUAACUUCACAGAUAAUUAGAACUCAACCGAAGAUACCUUCGUUCAAGAAAACGAACAAUAUUUACGUGGUAUUUCUAACGGUGAUUUAAUACUCAGUCCAAUCUAGGAUGCAACUGUUGUAAAUGUAUUAAAAGAAAUCGAAAGUAAAAAUAACGAAAAAAUUGGGAAGUUGAACUGAUCGAGGAAGUAAGAAACUAUUCCUGUUUGUGGAAUUUGACGAGACAAAAAGUGCCAUAACUAUAAUAAUUACAAAGUUAAUUGGCUUAACUUUUGAAGAAAAGCCGCCAUAUUUGUUUACAUUUUUUCCCCGCCAUUUUAUUUCAAUGGAUUUAAUUAAAUUUUCCCGUUCCCGUCGUCCUUAUCCAGUUCCUGUUUCCGUCAAAAAACUUGGAAGUAGAAGCCCGCCUUAAGUUUCAUCUGACAAGGUAUAUCCGUAAGAUUAUUUCAAUAAAGUUCCUAUUGUUAAAUUUGAACCUUACUUUGGCAACGUUAUUCGCACUUUUAGAGCUACAUUUUCGAUUUCGUUUCUUUUAACUUGGUGUUAUUUCUCACUUGGAUACAUAACACGUUUACAUUGUCGACGCCAUGGAAAUUUCUCUAUCAUUAAGUCAGAUACAAGAUUAAAUGGCACUGUGGAAAAAUCUCUAGACGGUGUGACAAGAUCUGAAUGUGUUUUAUCGUGUUUAACAUGCGAUAGUUGCUCGUUUGUGAAUUAUCAUCCAACGAAUCUUGCGUGCGAGUUAAUGAAAGCUGAAGGAAAUGAAGUAUUAGAAGUUGGAUGGCAAUUUUUGUCAACAAAUUAUGGAACGAGAAAUAGGGGACCUGUUUGUCGAUCAUUCAGUCCAUGCGAACUUACAGAAGCAUGUGUUGAUACCUGCUUUGAAGACGAUCAAGUAGGAUACCAGUGCAUACCCAAUCAGUUUCAAAAAAUACCUACUUUGUCUAUGGCAGCAUUUCCGAUUCAUUCUUCAUACCCAUUAACGAACCUGCAAGAUGGGCAUGAUAGUACGUACGCUGGAACUUUCCAUGACAGCACAAGUCACUUUAGACUUGACUUCGGUAUGGUAAAAUUCAUUCGAUUUAUAACAAUUCGUUUGGUAACGACUGUCAGGAAAGCUGUGAUCACGGUUGAUGAUAAAUUCUGUUCAUGGGUACCAGAAGUAGCUGAUGUCAACUUUGUUGUAGAAUGCAAUUCAUUGUUAUCAGGUCAACAAGUUGUCUUAACUCAUCUGGAUUCUUCGCAAGCGUUUUUGGUGAGCGAAAUGCAUUUUUACGGUGACGUUUAA